GUCACUCACUUCUUGCUGCAGAGAGUGCGGUGCAGGGGACUAUAUCAGGGUCAGCUGUCUCUUUAUCAGACAUGACUAGCAGGCAGAGGCUUCACAAGAGAGAGAUGGGCUACACCAGAGCACUCUAUAGCGUGACAGGGUAGCAGCAUACCUAAAGGUUCAUCAGAGACCCUUUCGAAACUGAAUUAAAUGGACAACAUAUACUCAUAAGCGGAUACUUUUGCGCGAGGGGUUGAAGCAAGGGGAGAAGACAGGGAUUGGAAAGGCGCUAAACUCUAUGAUAAGAAGAGGUCCUUUAGCCCGACCAGGGAGACGCUACCCAUUUCUGUGAAGGCCAUAUCUGCUCUUUACCUGUCCCAGACGAGAGCUACCGAACAACGAAACAACAAUACACAACUUGCAAAAGAUAAGUCGGAAAGUGCAAAGCGAACUAAACCAAUUAAGUCAAGAUGGCCGAGGACUGUCAAAGAGCAAAAGACACUCUGGUGCCACCACGUUUGGAUGGCCUUGGCCCAAGAGGGGGUGGAGGAGAUAUCUCUCGGGGGCACGUCCAAACACCUAACAUGCCAUCGCAUCCCGCCAAAGUAAUGUUGCAACAGAAGCGGCAGAAAUGUGAGCUGAGGAGACUUCUCAAACACACUCACCCAGAGCUGAAGACUCUGGACGGGGUGAUGGACGAGGAACUGGCUGAGUUUCUCGAUUUAGAGACAGCUGGUGAAAAGGGAUAUGAGGGAGAGGUCAUCUCUAGAAGGCAGAUGUUUGAAAACUGUGCAGUGAGCAACCCCCAGGGCAACAACGCCCCCAAUCAGCCUGCAGAAGAGGAACCAGCUGAAAGAGGAGAGGUCAUGAGAACAUCUGCCCUGUUUGAUCGGCCAAGGUUGCAGCUUCAAGAAGAUGGCACCAAGGUCACAAUGGCGGGCCCUGAAGGACCCAGAGAUCCUGAUCUCCAAUCAGAGGGCGAGGAACAGAUGGUUAAAGUAGAUGUUCAGUCCACCAGGAGGAUGUUUGAGAGGCAGUCAGUGGAGACCUCAUGGUCAAGUCCAAAAAAGUUAAAAGGUAAAUUGAAGGACACAACUGGAAUGGUGCAAGACCAGAAGUUAAAGAAUAGCACACAAGAGAAUAAAGGCAAAAUCCAAAGCAGUGAGUUCUCAGAAAAACGGAAUCAUGACAAAGGAAUGCAAGCCCCUUAUGAGAAACAGUGCACAAGCCUCAAUACUUCACAAUGUCUGCCAACUUUUAUAGAAGUCCAUACAAGUGAAAGUCUUUUUCAAAACAACCCUUUUAUAACAACAAACAUGGAGCGAGAACCAUACCAGAAGGCCAACCCUCAAAACAACACCUCACUCAACGGUGACCUAACUGAAGCCAGCAGAGCAACUGAGAACUCACCUAGAGCCAAUGUUAAAAACAGAGCCCAUCUCUUUAAUUCAAUGCCAUUUGAUAAGAUCCAGCACCAAAACAAGGAAGAAAUUGAAACAACAGUGGAGAGAAUUAAUGAAACACUAAAUUCCCUCAAUCAUUUUAGAGCAAUACAUUCACAUGGGUACAUCAUUGAAGUGAACGAGACUAUGCUAGCUAAAAAGGCUAAAUAUCUUCUCUCCCCAACCGGGCCAAAGGUGACCUCAGAUGAUUUGGCCGAAGGUGGUGCUCAGAACUUCAUUGUGCAGCUGCUGCCGAGGGCAAAGCUGAAGACUCAAGUUAUGUAUCUGAAGGAAGAUAAACAAGGAAAUGUUGGGUCGACCGUUGUGGAUUCCCCUGUCUACCAGCAUCAGUUCAACCCCUACCAAGAUGUUGAGUUGAGAACAGUCAAUGUGGUACAGCUUAUAGAGGAUAUGCUUAUCCAGGACAACUCUUUCAGUAAGGGAGUGAUUAUUCAAGAGGAUGAGGAUGGAUAUUCUGACGUCACUGUCUAUUCCCUCAAUAAUUAUGCAGAUGGAGAUGUGAAAAGUUAUUGCCCUCCACAAGGCCAUUCUACAAUGACAAACAGAGUAGAACCUACAAUGGUUGAGGAUUUAAAAAACAUCCAUUAUAUUAUAAAAGGAGACGUGAAAUCAACCAUAAGCUGUCUCUUGGCAUCAAAUGAGGAUCGAGUUGUCACAGAAUCAUUCAGACCUGAUGUGCCGAUGAAAGGAAACGUGAUGCUAUUUAGGAACUGCAUUGAGAAGGGUGAUUACGAGUAUUUGAAAACACUUAAGGCAGAGCCCCGAGAGCAAGAACUAUCUGGAGUCUACAUGGAGACUGAUGGUAAAAUAGGAGAGCAUCAAUGGGAUGUAGGGGGUAUAGAGCAGGCUGCAGUAGAAAAAAAAGCACAGCCAAACAGGUUGUUUGCAAAUGAAAGCUGUGUCCAAUUGCAACAACUGCCCCUUGAUGAUGCUGACUACUCAAACAUGUGUAAAGACAUCAUUGAUGAAGGAAGGACAUCUUUUGACAUAUGUGACAACGGGACCACCUCAGGUCAGAUGCCAAACACCUUGAGUGAGUCUAGCCCUCAAGAGCAACCGAAGAUAUGUGAGUUCAGGACAGCACCAAGAGGGUUAACUCUGUGUGCCAAUGCACAGAGGGAGGACGUGAUCCUUCAAGCUGAGUUAAUUGAGGAUGUAGAUUACGAAGAUGAAAUAUCCAUCCUUCAAGCUGCAAUCCAAAGUCUUCGACAAGUUACACUUGACGCUAAGGCCCUUCAUCGUGCAACACUAGAGAAAGAAGCGUUAAAACAAGAAAACCCAAAGCCACAGAUAACUUAUAGAGUACAAUCUGAUCUUAAGACUGUAGAAAUACAACCAGGAAUCUCUCAAAAGAAUAUGCAAGAUGAUAAGAUGUCCUGUGAAAGAGAACCAUCUACAUCCAAAUCCAGCAUUGCCACAAAACUUGACUCAGAAGGGGAAACCAAACAUAUGAGGCCUGCAGACUUUCAGUCCAAAGAAAUGCAUUCUACUGAUACUGGAGCUCUCCAGAUAGAUGACUUAGAAGCUGUGACUAUGUCAGCACCGAGUUCCGCAACAAAAAGUCAGGAAGAAGAAAGUGAAAUGGUUGGUGGUCUUCAAGCAGCCUUAGAUUCCUUAGCAAGGUCAAGUGUUAAUGUUAGCAGAGGUGAUUUCAGAGCAGCCAUGAUAUACAAAACAUCAAGCAAAUCAAAAAAGAAACGCAUGAAAAAUGUGGAAGAUGCAUCUUCUAAGAUGGCCACAGAAAUACAAUUCAGCUCAACAGAAUCAAAACCAGAACCAUGUGACACAUUAAGUCCUGUAGCAGUGGUCAAACUGGCCACUGAAGACGUGGGUGGACUAUAUACUAAAUUAGCCUGCCCAGAUAAAACUGCCAACGACCCAGAACAUAGCACCUCAAAAAACAAUAAGGUUUGUCCUAAACCAGCCAUUCCACCUAAACCUGAGCAUUUAUGGUUGAAAGGGGAUGAUAGGGAUGAUAUAGAAAACAGUACUGUGGUAGCUGAGAUGAAAAUACAUUGUAGGGAAGAGCAAUGUCUCGGGGUAUCUAUACCAAGUAGAGAUGUGCCCGGGAGGGGUUUGUCUGGGAAAGCCAAAGAUUUAAUUUCAAGUGCUUCUGAUUCUGAAAAACCUGAAGUAUCUGAGAAAGUUGUUGAAGUUAGUAUAGGUCAGAAAUUGCAAACCAAAAAACCAGUUGAAAUUACUGAUGGGGAAGUAGAUGAGGCGAAAAUUGAUUUCCAAAAGUCUCUUAAGAAAUUCGACCACGCAAUUAAGGUUUCCUUGAAAACUGCCCCUACCAAGCCAAAGAGAUUGAAAGCAAACCAAAACAAAGGCACAACAUUGCAACAGACAUCUAGUGAUAAUGUGACGCCCAAGCAACAAUUUACACAUCCGUCAUGCAGUAAGUCAAAUAACCAAGUUAUGAUGCGGGAAAAGAAAGUGAAAAUGGAGACAGAAGAGGCAAGGCGCCUGAGGCUGUCCGUUCACAUGGAUGAGAUUGUCAGAGGAAACAUCACUGCAGCCACGGAGAUAUUUGAUCAUAUGCGAAAACAAGAAGAACUGCAGGAAAUGCUAAAUACGGUAGAAGAAAUGGAGCAGGACACUAGCAAUGUGGACGUUAGGGCCCUCAGGGGGAUAUUUGAGAAGGUGCCAGCCUGGGGAGAAGGAGCUCAACACAAGAAGGAAAAGCCAGCAAAGGUAGAACAGCCAGUGGAGAGGUCAUUAUCAAUUAAGCCUGAUGCUGAAAGCAUGUCACAAAGGGCCCAUGUUUUUGGAGAUCUGGAAAGAACAAGUGAGGAGGUCAAGAAUCUGAAGGAACAGACCUUGGCCCGUCUUCUAGACAUUGAGGAUGCCAUAAAGAAAGCUCUGUAUUCUGUUUCAACUUUGAAAUCAGACUCUGACAUUGCAGGUUUAUCAGGCCUGUUCAAAGAGUCUUUGAGGAAAGUGCAUGGUUCUACAAAACUGGCAACAUAAGGAAAUUAGCAGCAGACAUAGUCUGAGGAGAACAGAGAGCUAAUCCUCCAUUUUCACCUGCUUUCGUCUCUAUUGAGGCUGCCAUGAGAAAAAACGAUGAGCCACGAAUGCAAUCAAUGGUGAUCAUGAAGUACCCCACCGGUCAACCCAGCCCGAAAGCCGAGGAGAAAUCCGGAAAAACACAAGCCUAAAAUGUGACGGACCAACUCAAUACAAAACAGGGUUAACCUUAGAGUAAGCAAUCGGGCAUCUUAUUUUUCGUAUAACAAUCCAUCAAAUAGCCCCUUUGCACCACAACAUAAGAUCAGCGUGAUUGACCACAUAUCCCGAAAUCCGGAUUUGCAUCAACAGUAGACCUUGUUUUUUAAAGAUGAUAAACGUAUAAAAUUAACAAAUAAUGUGUCAGGUCACCAGAUAUCCAAAAUGCUUUAUUCCCAUUAGAGGUUAAAUUGAUCUUAAAGACUAGAAAAACAUAGUAUGUAUCUAUUCCCAAAUCAAUAAAAGACUAUCAACAUAUUUUCUUUCCCUCAGUCAUACAGUAGGUUGUGUUGAUUUCCUUUAGGAAUUCAUAAGUUUGUUUCUUUAUUGAUUGACAUGUUCAUUUGUUUAAUUUCAAAGAUAGAUUAACUUGUUUUUGGAAUUUAUGUUUUUGGACCAGAUUCUAAAUGAAAGUGGUUUUACUCUUUAUUGUUGUUAGAUGGGUCAUAGGUAAUCUUUUUCAUAUCACGCAUGCUUUUUUUAUCCCUCAACAGUUUCAACCAUCUAGUCAAGAAAUGUGUUCAGUUUGCUUGAAACCAGUUUAUCCAAUGGAGAAAAUUGUGGCAGACAUACACAUUUUUCACAAAAUGUGUUUCUGUUGUAAGCAUUGCAAGAAGACACUAAGGUGAGGUAAUGGGUACAAUACUCAAAAAUCAAACUGUUAUCUAGACCAAUUCAACAUUUUUACUCUGUUUCAUUAAUUAAUUAAAUCAUAUUGAGUCAACUCUUAAUCCAUAAAAUCGACAGAUUUAUCUUUAUUUGAAAUUAAUUAAUAAUUAUAAAUUAUUUUCUACAUAUAAUUAAUUCAAAUUAUUCAAAUGUACCAUGGCUUACGGUUUUGGAACAAACUGAGAAAUCAGUGAACACAGCUAAAUCAGUUUAUCUCAGAUUAGACUGUUCAGGUCAACCGGAUAAUGAAGAUAUUAAACUACAGGUUACUGACAACCUGUGUCCUAUUGUAGCAUCCAAAGUUACACCCCACUGCAUGGCAGCUACUACUGCAUAUUUCACUACCAGCAGUUGUUUAAAAGAAAAGGAAAUUACGAUGAGGGCUUCGGUCACACUCAACACAAGACCCAAUGGCUUCUGAAGACUACUGUCGAUGAAUCUGAGGCGUAACACGUGAUUUAAAAGUUGUGUCACAGUAAUAAUGAUCUAAACUGUGUGAGUCAACGCAUCAAACAAAUUGUACUUUAUUGUAGGGCUGUGGUAUACAAGACAUUUAUUUUUCAUUUUAAAAAGGCUAACAUGAUCGUUACCAUGAUAACAUGGAUUGAUUCAACUGUUGGAGCCUACUGUAAAGAUCACUACAGUUGAUAAGGUUUUGGUCGACUGGUCAACUCCCUUGCAGAAACGUAUCAAUGAUUUUACUUCAGUGUGUACAUUCGUUUUGAUGGCUGCGUUUGUUGUAUGAAUGUUUAAAUGUGAUAAUGUGCAAUGUUUCUUCUCAAACUGUGCCUAUUUGAAACCAUCCAGAGAAGAACCAGUUUAUUUAAUCCUAGCAACUAUAUAUUUGUAAAGUAUGUCUAAAUAAUCUUGCAGAUUUAAGUUUUCAUAUUCAAUAAAAUCAUUAACUCUUUUGUGACUUCAAUGAAUGGCAAAGUGGCAAGAUAAUUUAUUAAUUUCGAUUUUCUGUUGCUGAGCAAUGAAAAUGAUCAUGUUUUUUGUUAUGAAUCAUUUAUUUCCGUUGAUUUAACUUGCUUGCAAGGGAAUUCAGUAUCAGAACUCCCAUCCGGUUGUUUUCUAAAAAAUAACAGAAAUGAAAAAUUAUAAGGUCAUAUUAGUUUUUGGUUUUUCAAUAAAAGUAGGUAUUUUUCACCAACCAACACUUUACUUAUUAUUUUAGUAUUUAGUCUAUCUUGCUUAAGGCUUAUGCCUAAAGGUAGACUGCUGCAGACAUUGGGGUUGAAACCCAGAACCGCAUGCUCACUCCAUGUACGUUGUUGUGAAACCACCGUAUGUACUGACCUCUGUUCUGUGUGGUCCUGGAGUUCCACAUUGAGGGUCUCGGGCAGCAGAAAGCAGAGCAACCCGCCUAUUAAGGGAAGGGUGCCAUACAACACCAUAGGGAUGGCAGGGUGGUAGACCUGUAGUAGUCUGAUGAGAGGAGCUAGGAUGGCCCCAAUACGACCACACAUGAGAUUUAUACCAACCCCACUCUGCCUGCCAGGAACAAUAGAGAACAAGGAAAAACAUGAAUACAAAUUAUAAAGGACACUUUUUUUUAUUAACACUUAACUAUUCUGAGUGGGACAUUGAUUUUAAGGGAAGUAAACACUUUCACAAGCCCACUACACAAUCAACAGAAAUCGACAAUACCUUUUUUUUACAACCAAGAAGUUGCUCUACAAUAGCCAGCACACAUACAUUCUCAUUUCCUCUCUAUAGCUAUAUCUAUCUGCAUUACUCUUUAAAUUAUUGAAUGUAUUUUUGUUAUGUCUUACCUUACAGUAGUCGGGUAUAUUUCUGCAGUGUAAACAUAGAUGACGGAAUAGGCAGCGGUGGCUCCAAACUUCCCAAGUGCAGCGACGACUGUCGUAGCCGCAGAAAAGUCUGGUGGUCAAAAUGAAUCAUUACAUAUGCUAUAUAAAUAUGCAUUCAGCUGAUGAUAGGCUGCAGAAGGUUUGGCCAGUAGCUACCAUUUGGAAUCGCAACCAUCACAAGGCAAGCACUGCCCGUAAAAAACAGAGUCGCGACUUGACAUUUUCUCCUCCCAAAGUACUCAAUGAGUACAGCACUGCCGAUGCAUGCAGGAAUGUCUACAAGGCCAAAGAUGAACUGAGUGAGGUAGAUAUCCACGCCAAAACUGCCAACAUUGAGGCUGAUUCCAUAGUACACCAGACUUGCUCCAAACCUAGAAACAAAAGUGAAGACACAUGGUAAAAGUUAUAUUGACGGAAAUAUUGAUUACAUAUACAUUUUGCUGGAGUGCAAAUAUUUAUUGUCAUGAUUAUUGAUUAAUAGUGUUUCAACAUAUGUAUCUGAGUCAUACUCACCAGAUAAAACUCAUGACGAGAACACGUUUACUUAUAUAUGACACCCUAAAAAUGUCAAACAUGCCUGUGCUUUUUGACACGUUCUUAGUCUCCAAGUCAGCUUCCAACUAAACAAGGAAAUAUCAAGGUUGUCUUUUUGUGUCUGCCAAGAAUACUUAUUGAUUGUGGAUGUGAUUCCUAUUGAAGGAGGUAAAAGUGGGGCAUAGGUCGCUCACCUGGCUGAGCAUGGCCUCAGAGAUUGUUCUUCCGUUCACCCUGGCUGCCCUCAGGACCUCCUUUUGCGCCUCCUUCACCCUGCCCUGGGUCAAAAGCCAGCGGGCUGAUUCAGGCAUGAGCCUGGAAGGUCAUACAGAUCAAACAUAACUAAACUGACAAAAUCACUGAAGUACAGAAUUUCUUCCAAACAUUUUAGGACUGGACCCCACUUGGGGUCUCAGAAAAUUGCAGAUUUAUAAGCUUUAGAAAUCUCAUGGUGCAUUUUUCAUAAUUAAAUUAAACUAAAAAGCUAAAGGUUGAAAAUACUCAUAAGGUUCCUGUACUUUUAUGAGACUGCCUUCUGUUGUGGUAAAUUAUCCAAGUCAAAUGGAAAUUACUUAUCAAAAAUACCUGAUAACAUAUGCUACUGUGAUAAUGAAGAUAGUAGGAAGUAAGAGGCUCAGGGUUACACUGUAGAAUAGAAGGGUUCACAGACCAGUAUCCGGCUAGAAGUAACAGGAUCAGAGGGGUUGAAAACACCAGGUGUAGAAUCCUCCAAUCACGGAUAAAAUAGGCAACGCCUGACAUCAUCAUCAGUCCAACAGAAAAAAAGGAAAGUGAAGAGAUAGUGACAAAACCCCGUUUUGAGGUACAGGUCCACUCCACCCCUUUAAAGCAAAAACACAACAGUGUCAUUUCAAUGAAGGAUCUAUCCCUGGCAUAUGAUAUAAAAGUAAAUAAGGGAACAAUGAGAACAAAAUAGCAAUCUUUUGUCUAUAUGCCAAUGAAUUCUAAAAUAAUUCACCAAAUGAUUGAUGUAUUAAUCAGUAUUAAGGAAGUAAUAAUACAUAAUUAACGCAAUAUCUUCCCGGUGACAGUUAACUGAAUUGACCUGAUUAGAACAAAAUAAGGACAGGUCGUCUACUUACCUAUGACAUAAGAAUUAAUCCAAACACCAGAAACUGCGGCACCAAGGACAAAUCGAAGUGCAAUGUAAACAUAGAUGUUUGGUGAGAAAGCCGAGGCAACACCAAACAAGAGCUGGAGAAACAAACUGAGCAGGGCAACAUACCGGCGGCCAAACCUGCAAAAAUCAGAAGAACAAUGGAUUCAUUCACUCAAAACAUGAUGAUGAAAUUAUGCUAUUCCAAUGGAUACUUUUUACAUAACAUUCUUAAUUUACCACGUAUUUUCAAAACAUACAUUUGGAAAUAUUUGCAUAGUAUAUACUUAUUUUUAUUAUUCAUGAUGUGAGAAGCAAGACCCACAAGCAGUCUUAAUACCUGUCAGCCAUUGCUCCAAAUACCAGCCCUCCAAGCAGAAGUCCUCCCAUGUAAAUGGACUGGGUUGCCUCGUUUAAACCGCUGUCGUCACACACUAGAUUAAACUGACCAAGGGGAACAUAGAAGAAUACAAUUACAUUGUAUCGGCGCGCAGGGGAGACAAAUUGAAUGUACAUUGAUGCACUUAACUGCCCUCCUCCAACUAUCAAGCUCUCUUUCAACGUUUAACUUUUAAUGUAUUCAAACUAGGCAUUUGAUGAACCAUCCGUCUUUCAUUGUCCAUCACAUAUUAGGUGGAUCACUAAGUUCUUUUAAGGGCACUAAUUGCUCCAAACCACUGGUGGUUUGGACACAAACACAUAAAUUGAAGCCUGGCAAGAGAGAUUCUUGUAGGCUUGCAAUCUCGCUGUUCAAGCUGCCUUGCAAAGUUAUAUGUUGUAUCAAAGAAGAUUGUUUGUACAAAAAAAUUACACAUUAGUAACAUCAACAAACUAAGAAAGAACAAAUGAAGUACCAAAUACAAUAAGGUUUAAAUUGUGAAAAUAAUGACAAUGAUUUCAACUUGGAUACUAUCACUUUCUGAAUCUCCAUAGUUAUUAUAGGUAAGGCAUCUUGUGGUUGAAUCUUAGAUAGUGUACCUUUUAAUAAACAAUGAUUAAAAAUUACGGUAAUGUUAUAUAUUAUCAAUGGCAUUUGAUGAGUAAUUUUUGAGAUUCAAACAACAUUUGUGGACUAAAAAGCAAAUUUAGAAUUCAGUCGCUUACCUCUUUCAUAUAACUGGAAGUGCUUUCAGGCAUUUUGUAAACCCAUCCUUCGAGGCAAUUUGUGGUACUAUUAAUCCCGUAUGCUUCAAUCGUUUCUAAAUCCAAAUCCACAGGUGUGAACAUCGUGCAGCUGUCAUACUCCCCAUCUUCUCUAGUGGGGAUGGUAAGGUUGAGUUGCUUUUCGUAUGUCAAGUUAGGGCUAAUGGCAAAUAUCCAAUUGGUGUUGCAGUGGUGUGGGAAGUUCUGUCCAGUAAAAACUGAAAGAAAGGUCUCCACACCAAUAGAAAUGUUCAAAAUAAGCAGUAACACCGUCAUUCGUUUCUGGAAGAAUCCAAAUCCCCCAAUUUCCUCGAGGAUUAGUUCAAACCUGUUCAUAAUGAUACCAGACGAAGCCCUUUCUGUGUGUGAAUGAUUAAUGGCCUGCUGGAAGCAGAUUAUGAAGAAAAAAAGUUGCAAAGCUUUGCAAGUCCAGCAGCAAGUUUGUAAAAGCUCAUCCACAUACCCACUUUCCACUGAGUGCUGAAGGGAUUGUCCUGGAUGUGGUGCUUAUAGGUCUGCUGUGAGGUAAAUUGACCUUCCUACAGCAGCGUGCAUGAGCCAUUAUAGUAAUAAUAAUAAAAAGAUAAUUUUUCAAUAGUAAGCUAUGUGACCUGAUUGCCACUAUCUGUAUCUUAGAAUAACAACUCCAAAGCUCCACUUGAGCCAGCUGAAUAUAAAUUCUCGGACUAGACAAGUGUCAACGCACACCUUUUACUUAAUGAUGAACAACUUACUUAAAGAUGAAAGAUUAAAUAAUGAUGUCAUUCCUUUUACUUUUGUACUUUUUCUGACAGUAUGAUCCCACCUCUCUGAUGCUUUGUUGAUAUUUUUCGCUGAGAUGUGAGGGGUCAGGAUUCAAAGGUCCAUCAAUCUACCCUUAGUUAAAGAAUUAUUUCAAAACUGGACCCGAAACUCCAGUUUUGGAGAAUAAAUUAAGAUUCUGGUGCUUUUCCUUAAGAUACCACCUUUUAUUUGUUAUUUUUUUGUAUGUAACUUUGAAUCAUAAUUUUGUCAAUUUUAACCAUAGCACCAAAUAAUAUUAAUUUAAGUAAUGUAUUAAUAUUGUAUAUUGUGCUAGCAAAUGCACGUGGCACACACCACAUCUGUCAUGAUCUUGUAUCUCAGUCAUCUCAUUCACUCCACUCAGUCAUCUCAUUUCACGUUAGCUCCCAUUGUUUUUCCACCGGCCCCUCCUUCUCCUCACCUGCCUGCCUGCCACUCUCCACUCAUCAGCCCAACUCUCCUCACCUGUUUGCGCUCAGCUGCCUCUGAUCACUAACCAACCCGGUAUGUAGAAUCCUCUCUCAGUUCACUCAGUGCCAGAUUGUCCUAUGUCUUUAGUACUAGUCUCUCCAGCUUUUUCCAAAAUGAAUCCCCGUUAUUGACCCUGCCUGUCCCCGACCUGCCUGCUCUGUCUCUGUCCCGGUGAUGGACUCUGCCUUCCGCCCCCGACAACAGAUCCUGCCUGCCUCCUGCCUGCUCCUAUCAGUAAAUAAAACACAUAACUGACGGUAAUGCUUUAUAUUCAGGUCCUUGUAAUAAGCCUUUGUUAAAGGCUAAAAAGACACUUGUUAUAU